UUUGCCCGAGUCUGUUACCCAGCUGCAGAAGAGAAAUAUCCUGCAAGCUGCAGUGUGAGGACACAGUGAUGCAGCAGAUCCCUGCUCAUCCUGCAGAGCUGCCAGUCUGUCAGACUCUCAGUUCGCCAACAAAGUGGGGAAGCACUGGAACCAUGGUGAGCCCUGGACAGAAAGUGGUGCUGAUCACCGGCUGCUCCUCUGGGAUCGGCCUGCGGAUGGCUGUGAUGCUGGCCAAGGAUGAGAAGAAGCGCUACCAUGUGAUAGCAACAAUGCGCGAUCUGAAGCGUAAAGAUAAGCUGGUGGAAGCUGCCGGGGAUGCGUAUGGAAAAACGCUCUCUCUGGCUGUCCUGGAUGUCUGCAAUGAUCAGUCUGUCAAGCAGUGUAUCGAUGGCAUCAAAGACCGGCAUGUGGAUGUCCUUAUCAACAAUGCAGGAAUCGGCCUGGUUGGGCCGCUGGAGAGCAUCCCCAUUGAGGAGAUGAAGAAAGUUUUCGAGACCAAUUUUUUUGGGGUGAUCCGCAUGAUCAAGGAGGUGAUGCCUGACAUGAAGAAAAGGAGAGGAGGCCACAUCAUCGUGGUCAGCAGUGUGAUGGGCCUGCAAGGGGUGGUCUUUAACGACGUCUAUGCUGCCUCCAAGUUUGCCAUGGAGGGCUUUUGUGAGUGUUUGGCUGUGCAGCUUUUGAAGUUUGACGUCACACUGUCAAUGAUUGAGCCGGGUCCGGUGCACACAGAAUUUGAAUUAAAGAUGAUUCAAGAUGUGAAACAGAAGGAGUAUCCUGGAGCUGAUCCUGACACAGUGCAUUACUUCAAGAAUGUCUACCUCCCAUCUUCUGUUGACAUUUUUGAGGCCCUGGGACAAACACCAGAUGACAUCGCCAGAUGCACCAAGAAAGUGAUCGAAGCAAGCCGGCCACGUUUCCGUAACCUCACCAACCCGAUGUACACUCCGAUUGUUGCGCUGAAAUACGCAGAUGAAACCGGCGGCCUGUCCGUCCACGCUUUCUAUCACAUGCUCUUUAACCUGGGUCCUCUGAUGCACGUCAGCAUGACCGCCAUGAAGUAUCUCACCUGUGGAUGUCUAAGAAGCAGGACAAUUUCCCCAAACUAAAAGCAAAAUGUUUUGCUUAUCCAUGUGGAUAAUAAAAUGUGAAUGUGUGGACUACACACUACUUUGGUUUUCAGAAGAUCACAGAGAUCAUAUAAUGCCUGAUGUCAUGCUGCUAAACCCAUCCGUUAAAAAAUAAAAAUAAGAAAAGUCCUAAAAUUGAACCUGAACACCUUAAUAAAGAUCGUAGUCUUACUUGCCAUUCUUCCUGCUGUAAACCUCAGAUGUGAUGUGUUCAACCAUCCAUUUUUUGCACACACUUAAUCCAAAUCAGGAUUUCUGGGGGAUCUAGAUGAUAAAGUAGUAUGAUCAGUCUUCAAUGUGUAGACUGGAUUUAAAAACCAAAAACUUUCAGAUAUGUUAUCCUACCCAAAGUGCCAAAUGAGUAGGGUCUGAAACAAUGAGACAACAUUAAAAAAACAGAUCAUUUCAUCUCCAUAAGCCCAAGACAUCUUGCUUUAAACUAUAUUUUACUCUGAAAUGUAGGUCCACUCUGGUCAUUUGUAACAUAUUAAUUUAUGUACAAACUGUUAGAGUGUCUGGGAAAUAUUGUGACAGUAAAGUUUGUAAAAUAUACCUUCUUUUGGGUUUCAAGUAGUGAUUAUAAAAUGUGGUUGUGUAUUAUAGUCGUAAUGACGACAAAACAAAUCCUAAUUUACUAGAAUGACAAGACUGAACUGUCAGUGGUUAAGUUAAACUCUGAGAUCGAAAUAUCCAAACCUUGUGUGUUGAAGAUGUUGAAGCUAAAGACAAAGUUAUAAAACAGACAUAAUUUUCAGAAACUGUAGCCAUGUUUUUAAAAACUUCUAUUGAGAAAAAAAUCUAAAUUUUUCAGCAUCUUGUUUUAUCUCUGCAAUCUGUGCUGUGAAAAGUCCCCAAUAUUUUUGCUUUUCAUUUCAAGUAAAAGAAAUGUAUUGUGUGAACAAAAAAAUA